CAGCUCUACAUCAACGAAGUCGUCCUCGGGACCGCCUUCGGCGUCCUCAUGGGCCCGCACUGCGCCGGCGCCUUCGACCCGCGCUCCUGGGGGGACCUCACCAACCAGGUCACCCUCGAGGUCAUGCGCAUCGUCCUCGCCACCGGCCUCUUCGCCAUCGGCGUCGAGCUCCCGCAGUCCUACAUGUACAAGCAUGCCAAGGGCCUCAUGAUCAUGGUCGUGCCCACCAUGGCGUUCGGGUGGAUCGUGGUAGCUGCCGUCAUCCAUGGCCUGUUCCCGGCGCUGGACUUCAUCUCGUCCCUGGCCAUCGCCGCCUGCUUGACCCCCACCGACCCCAUCAUCUCCGCCGCCAUCGUAGGCGGUAAAUUCGCCGUGAAGCACGUCCCGACUAACCUCCGCCGCAUCCUCGCCGCCGAGUCCGCCGCCAACGACGGCCUCGCGUACCCGUUCCUGAGCAUCUCGAUAUACCUCACCGUCGAGCGGUCCAAGGGGCACGCGAUCGAGCUCUGGUUCCUCGUCGGCUGGCUAUAUCAAGUGAUCAUGGGCACAGUGCUCGGAGCCGUCAUAGGCCUCCUCUUCUGCCACCUCAUGAAGUUCACCCACCGCAAGGGCUUUAUCGACCGCGAGUCCUACGUCGCCCAAUACCUCGCGCUCGCCUUCCUCACGAUCGGCAUCGCCUCCUCCCUGGGCAGCGACGACCUCCUCGCCGCCUUCGCCGCCGGCAGCGCGAUCUCGUGGGACGGCCACUUCAACGUGCAGACCGAGAACGAGGUCUUCUCGUCCGUCAUUGACCUCGUGCUCAACUGCGCGUGCUUCGUCUACGUCGGCGCGUGGCUGCCGUUCACCGCGUUCAACAGUCCGGAGCUGGGAAUCACGCCCGGGCGCCUUGUGCUGCUGUUCAUCGCGAUCCUGGCGCUCAGGCGGAUCCCGUGCUUGUUGGUGCUGUACCGGUGGAUACCGGAGAUCACGACGUGGCGCGAGGCGCUGUUUUCGGGGCAUUUCGUAUCGACUUUGCAGAUGGGCGUGGGCGCCGUGUUCGUAUCCACACUCGCCCUCACCCGCCUUCCCGAGCCGUCGAACCCGCCGCAGGGCCAGCGGGAGUUGCUCGCAGCGACCCUGCAGACCAUCGUCUCCUUCGUCGUCCUCGGGUCCAUCCUCAUCCACGGCCUCUCUAUCCCGUUCUUCUCCUUCGGGAGGAAGGUCCACUCGCGCACGGUGUCCCUCUCGCAGACGUGGACCGCUCGCAACGCCGACGGCGCGCCCGACUGGGUCCUC